UCAGAGAGAGUGGAGGCGCGCAGACCAUCUCCAUCCUCCGCAGUCUGGGUCUCAUCCUGCUCGUCCAUCUGAAGUCACACCGGCUCCGGGCUCAUUGACUGACCCACAGCUCCGGCUGCUUCUCCAUUAAUACGGGACCACAACAGCAUGUGAAUGGCGGCAGAAAGCGGCAGAGUUGUCACAGAGGAGCAGGAGGAGCUCCCAGCCCACGGAGCCAUCACUCACACCCAGCACACCCGCAGUCAGAGCCACAUCCAGUUCCAGUCUCCGACGUACACCACCCAGUGGCAGGCUCCUCGCUCCGUCGCACACACGAGGAGUCACAGUCACACACACUUCAGCACGUCGCUGCACACGCAGCCUCAGAAGUACGGCUGCCGCCUCACGCACAGUCUCUCAGCCAUGACCCGGGGGGAGAGGGGAGUGCAGGGCUCUGUGGGGAAGCUCUCCAAGCCCACUGAGCCGCUGUUCCCCAAAACACCUCAGCAGACCGACUUGAGCCAGAAGUUGACUUUAUGCAGUAAGCUGUGUUUCGCCAUCGGAGGUGCGCCCAAGGAGGUGGCUGGCAGCGCCACUGCCUUCUUCCUGCAAAUCUACCUGCUCGAUGUCGCUCAGAUCACCGCCUUCCAGGCCUCCAUGGUGCUGUUCAUUGGUAAAGCCUGGGGCGCAGUGACUGACCCCAUCGUUGGUUUUUUCAUUACAAAGAGCAGAUGGACCAAGAUUGGCAGACUCAUGCCUUGGAUGGUGGGUUGUACUCCGUUCCUGGUGGUCUCCUACUUCUACCUCUGGUUCGUUCCUCCUUUCAUCGGCGGCAAGUUCAUCUGGUACCUGGGCUUCUACUGCCUCUACCAAACUCUCAUCACUUGUUUCCACGUGCCUUACUCCGCUCUCACCAUGUUCCUGAGUACAGAACAGAAGGAGAGGGACUCAGCCACUGCCUACCGAAUGACGAUGGAGGUUCUGGGGACACUGGUGGGAGCCGCCAUCCAGGGCCAGAUUGUGGCGAGCGCUCACACACUGAAGCACUGCCCCACUCACAACGUCUCCGCCGGUUACCUUGGCAACAGCAGCGGGGCCGAGAUCAUCAAGAGCCACGUGCGCUCGCAGGACCACCUGUCACACGCUAGGGAGAUGUACAUGAUCGCAGCCGGUGUUAUUGGAGGAGUGUUUCUCAUCUGCACGGUGGUGAUGUUCCUGGGAGUUAAAGAGAAAGACGAUCCGUACGCCCCGAGGACAGAGAAGCAGAUCCAGUUCUUCCAGGGCUUCAUCCUGGUGAUGAGGCACGGGCCGUACCUCAGCCUCACCGCCGCGUUCCUCUUCAUCACCGUCGCCAUUCAGCUGGUGCAGAGCAACUUCGUCCUCUUCUGCACCUACGCCGCCGACCUGAGGGAUCACUUCCAGAACAUCGUGCUGACCAUCCUGGUUUCUGCUGUGAUAAGCAUCCCACUGUGGCAAUGGUUCCUGCAGAGGUUUGGGAAAAAGACAGCAGCUUUCUGCGGUAUCACAUGGAUCAUGCCCUUCACCUUGAUGCUGGUGUUCAUCCCUAACGUGGUGGUGGCCUACGUCGUGGCCGUCUCCUCUGGACUCAGUGUGGCCGCCUCGCUCCUGCUGCCCUGGUCUAUGCUGCCAGAUGUGGUGGAUGACUUCAGACUGGCCAACCCCUUCUGCAAAGGCCACGAAGCCAUCUUCUACUCUUUCUACGUCUUCUUCACCAAGUUCGCUGCCGGCAUCUCCCUGGGAGUGUCCACCCUCUGUCUCGAGUUCGCAGGCUAUGACACCGGCGCCUGCAAACAGCCGGCUGCCGUCGUGUACACCCUGAAGCUGCUGAUUGGUGCUGCUCCAGUGGCCUUCAUCGUCACAGGCUUGAUGAUCCUACUCCUCUAUCCCAUCACUGAAGACGUGCGGCUCAGGAAUAAAGUCUGCCUGGACGAGCUACGGAAACAGAGCAUCAGCUCCAGAACACCGGAGGAUUUGAAUAACGUGUGACUUGGACCUUGACCGGAGUGAAUGAUAUUCCAGUGCCCUCAACUGGAAGUUUGUUAAAUGGUGUAUAUUACACUGAUAAAUAGUUAAAUUGUUUUAAUGUAAACAUUCUUCGUUUUAUUUUCACAUGUACUGGAUAGUCAUCUUGGAUAUAUAUAUAUAUAUAUAUAUAUAUAUAUAUAUAAAAAUAUAUAAGAAUACCUAAUUUAUAUAAAUGAAUGUAUAUUACUUUUAUUUGCUGUGUUU